UUGUUAUUUGUUGUCAAGUGUUAUUGUUUUGCCCCGACGGCGACGUCGACUUUCCCAGUUUCCCAUAGGGAUCUAAAUAGCAAUACAAUAUAAUAUAUAUAAUAUUUGUGUAUAUUUAAUAUUUAUUAAUAUAUGUGUAUACAUACGUUGUACGUAAUAUGUAUCGGUGAUAUGUGAGUGUGUAUUUGUGUUAAAAUCGUACGUCGUCGAUCGUUGGGUAAACAUCUAACAUUUUUUAAUUUUUACAAUAGUUUACCUUCUGUUUUAUGUCCUCUAAGAGUCAUUUUGUAAAAAUUGAUCGAGUGCAAUGUGUUUAUUUUUCUUUUGUCAAGAAGUCUCCAGAAUAUGAAUUCAAUACAGCUUAACUAGUAGAUGAUCCACUGACGCUCUUGCAGGGUCAAAAUGUCAUUCAUGGUGAAGAAGAAAAGAUACAAGUUUACUGUUAAUCUUUGCCUUGAAGAUUUAACAGCCGUCCCAUUUGUCAAUGCUGUAUUGUUUGCUAAAGUUCGGUUACUGGAUGGUGGGAAUUUCAGUGAUACUUCAUCCAGAGAGGAGGUUCGAGAUCACACGGUCCGGUGGGGUGCUAAAUUCGAGUUCGUUUGCAAAAUGAGUGCUAACGCGUCGACCGGAAUAUUGGACCCGUGUAACCUUCGGAUAUCUGUUCGCAAAGAAUUAAAAGGCGGUCGCAGCUUUCAAAAACUCGGUUUCACCGACGUUAAUUUAGCUGAACUGGCUGGAGCUGGUUUGAGUUCGAGGCGUUGUCUGCUGGAAGGGUAUGACACCCGGCAUCAUCGACAGGACAACUCGAUGCUCCGGAUAUCCGUGUCCAUGAACAUGUUAUCUGGAGACAUAUUAUUCAAAGUGCCAACAUCCGCUUUAAAUCAAACACCUACCACCAACGGUGAUAUCCCGCAACGCGAAGAUACCGAAUACCCAAGCAGCGGAUUCGGCAGUCUGCCGAAUACACGAUCAUUGUUUCCAUCAGACAUUCCAUCCAUAAGUGGUUUAGAUAAACACGAUGCUGUGUCCGAGUCGAAUCAAAAUCAUUCGGAACAAUUAGAAGACGAUGCGAUGGUGAUGGUGCACGACAACGCUGCCGCGCCCACGGCCACUAACCACUUGACCGGCUCGAGUGGACAUUCCCGUAACUCAUCGAACACAAGCAAAGGCUCUAGUUCUCACAACUCUCAUUCGAGGCACAGCAGUUCCGGUGACAGUGGACACGUCCGGUCACCGUCCUGGCCCGUGUGGUCACCUAAUUUGUUGCCACCGCCGGCCACGCCGCCACCGGCCACGCCGCCACCGUCGCCGCCGCAUGAACAGCACCCGCAGCAGCCUCCCACUACGCCAUUGUGGAGCAGUCCUCGGUCCAGAUUCUGGUCGCUCCGUCAGUCCAAACACCAGCAGCCGUCGCCUCAAGUUUGCACCCACCAGGACGCGUUCCGGACACCGGAAAACAAGCACGGUGGAGGGUUCCGGUUCCCGCCAUGGUCUGGACCUUCACCCCGGACUAACUCGUCGCCUGGCUUAUUGCCCCCGACCCCAGAUUCCCCUAAUAGGGGAAGUUGUAUGCACCACCGUAAACUGCUAUUGGAAAGCACGACUUCGGGUGGUUGUGGUGCAAUGCUGCCGGGUYUGCUCAACAUGAACUCGCUUCAAAAGCUUCCGGAACUGGACAAAUCGCUCAGUACUUCUGACACCUUAGUGUCAUCUCCAUUCAGGCGGCCAAGUCAAAUUCUGACGUCUAGCGGCACGGCCAUAUCCACAUCCCAAGCAUCUCCCGUGCUCAGUGUUGUCGAGACCGGUUCGUUGGAUCGCGGUAAAGCUGCGCUGGAGCGACGCAAAAAGUCGGCUACGACGGGUGGCAGUGUCACUGACGAUAGCUGUGCUAAGGCCACCGGGCGUGUGGAGGUGACCAGGGUUAACCCGGAUAGUCUCAUUGACCAGCUGCUCAGGGCCACCAAUCUAGAUGAUCAUUCAGCUGACGAAGAUAGCAAGCACAGAUCAGGGCUACAGUUGUUCAUCGCCAAAGAUGGUACGACCACACUUGGCAGUCAGGACGUCAAGUGUCACAUGUCUAACAGUCUAUUUAAACAGGUGGUGAUGGAAGAUAAUAGAUAACGCCUAAAGUGUGUAUAUCUAAGAUAUUUAAAUAUUCACGAGCUUAACGCUUUUUUUAUUUUAUGAAAAAGCUUACUUUGACUGAACACCCUAUACGUUUGGUUGUGGAGCUGCUUUCCAUUCAUCGUACGGAACAUGCAUUGCCACUAAUAGUCAUACUACAGAUUUACUGUCAUCAGAGCCCUUCGAAGAUGUUAUUAUCUAUUAGUCCGACCAACAAAGUUUUAUACACACAUCCAAAUUAUAUAAAAAUUAAAUUUGUUUACAAUAUUAAUAUAUAUUAAUUUAUAUAUUAUAUAACCUAUAUUGUUAAAUGCUGCUCUCCUYAUAUGAUUGCAUACAUUACUAAAYGAAACUGUGAAACUAUCACUGUUAAUUAUAUAUUUUGGUAUCUGAAUUAUGUUGAUCCUUUGUAGCUUGUUAUCAAGAACUCUUAUAUUUUUUAUCUCCCCACGUAUCAUCGUGUCAUGUUAAACAAUAAACAGCAAUGUAUUCGAGAUUAGACAGUCCUUCGUGUAAUGAACGAUUAAGUCACAAAACAAUGUUCCUAUAAAAGUYAUAGAUGUGUACAAUGACAUUAGUGUUGACAUCUGUUAUCAAGUAUACAUGUCAUGAAUAUAUUUAAUUAUAUAAAAGUAAAAUAUAUUAUGAUAUCUGAACUGUUGUGCUUUCAUUGCACACCGCAAAUAUUUCAAUCGUUUUCRCCAAAUGGACUUUGCUAUGGGACAAUUAAGGCUCCCUAUACAACUUUGUCAAUUUAGAAACGAUAUUCAUUUCAUUGUCAAACAUAUUUAUAUUUAUUUAUUUAUUUUCAUUAUUAUAAACAACACCAUUGAUCUCUCUCAGAUAAAUUAACCUGUGAAACAUGCAGUCACGUCAUUAAUUAUGCACGGCAUAUUAUAUUAUAAUUUAUAAGCAUUAUCUUGUAUUAUUAAUUAUUUAUUGUUUUUUUUUUUU